AUGAUCAUAUCGUAUCUGGCUCGGAUUGUGCUCCUACUGCCCGAGCUCUCGUCUGGAGAUACUGAUCGACUCGCCGAAAUCGCUGCUAACCAGGUACAUUAAUCGAAACUCGAAUCUAAAAUGCAUCUAAAUUUUCUAUUGCCAAAUCUGAUCCAAUUUUCUCCUAGACGUUUAUUUGCUAGACUUGUUUCAUUUUAUAGGCGCCGUUGUACUCACUCAUUUCCUUAUUUUUCAGUAGAUUCAACUGAAUCUUUUUUCAGGAGCACUCAAUUCAGCUGAAUCAACAGGAUAGGACGUUCCCCUAUCCGAACAUCCCGGAGCCACAACACGAACGUCGUAGGGAAGGUGGAAAACGGAAAAAGUUCCGGAAGGAGCGACUGGACGAGGCGUGUACUGCGAUCAAUGAAACUUUGCGCAAGAACUUACUCCAGGUUAGUUCUUUUUCGGUUUCGGCACGUCAUAGGGCCACAUCCGUAUCUAUUUUUAUGGAUGGAUGCUUGAAAACUCAAUUUCUCCGGAGAAUAAAUAAAUGCGUAUCCUUGCAAAUGUCGUGUAUUAACAUUUCAACAAAAAAUUGCUCUUCCUAGUGAACAUUGGAACCCUUCAGUUUCGCUAUUUUAAUCCGUUUGAUGCGCGGCCUUUUACUGACGCUUAGAGGUUUUCAACUGGCAUUUAGAUUUGUUCGUUUACUCGUUUUUCUAGCAAAACAGGGGGUGUCUAAAGCUGACGAAUCAGUCUUCCUCACUUCUGUUAGUGUUCAGGUUUGGUGAGGAACGUCAAUAAGUGUCACAGGAAUCCUGUCAAUCUUCCAUUCUUUACCCAAAACGUUUUUUGUUUCUGUUUGUCAUCAUCUCAACAGAAUAUAGAAAAGAAAGAUACAUAUUGGGGGCACGCAGGUCUCCUUUUUUUCUUGCUAUUUUCUUGUCUUUCAGUGAUGGGGGAAACCCAUUAUAAUAUCUGCGAAAGCGUUACAUGCAGAUCUUGUUCUAAAAUUGGUUUCACCCCCAACAAGGUAUAAUGAUCUGAGAGAGCUCAAGCUCAGGUUUGACAUCAUCAUGACGGAAGGGGGGUAUGUUGCAACUAGGACGUUAUUGUCUUCCUGGGAGGAAGUUGGUAUGUACUCUUAGCUUCAACCCGUGGUUCCUGAUUCUUUAUAACUCUCUGUCUCUCUUUUGACUUCCAUCAUUCCGGCGGACCUUUUUCCCACAACCCAACAAAAAAAUAUAUAUAUUUAUGGUUUUUAUGCGUUUGACGGCGACAAAGGUCCUCCUCACACACACACACACACACACACACAAAACCCUUUUAGUAGAAUCAUGGGCACAGAGACACUGGCUGCUUGGAAUCAUUCAUUCGCAUUUAUUAUGCGCACCCAAUGAGGCGUGUUCAUAAUCAUUUUUUAGGUCCGAGGGGUACGCAAAACGUGUGUAGUGCAGUGUUGCCGGCCGGCCGCCAGAGAUUCUAAAUGUUAAUCGAAUUCCAUCUGUCCCUUCUUUUUUGUCCAACUGACAUGAGCCAUUUUUCGAAAGACCGACGCCUAACAGCCUAAUACGAGAAAAAUCGGAUUCGUGGGCGCCCCGAUUGGUGUGUCUUUCGUUUUAAUUGGAUUCUCUCAUUUUCCCGAAUAGAAACAGGAACACAGAAACGAAACGUUUAGGGCUCGUGCCACUGCCACAAAAUUGGAAUAGUUUUAUGUGUCCGAGAGCAGAAUUGGUUAAUGCAGGAACGAAUUUGGAAUGAGAAUUGGAUGAAUAAAAAAGAGGGGCACUUAAGGAACAAAAGAUGAGAAACAAAAGUUCAAUUUUGAGUUUGGGCCCGAAAAAUCUUCCUAUCCUUGUUUUCAUUUUUGUUUUUGCCCAUUUUGUGAACGCGUGGUCAAUCACGUGAAUAAACAUUCGGGCUUGUCUCCAAAUGCAUCAGGGACGGACUGCUACUCUUAAAACAGCCGCAAAAGAAGAAGAAGAAGGAGAGGAGAGUGAGAAAAUAACAUAUAUAAUCAGACAGAGCGAGCAGUUUCACUUUAUUGCGUUUCAAUCCAUCUACACUUUCACGUUUUUUGGGUGAAAGCUUUUUUCCUUCCUGCCGGCUCAUCCGGCUUCACUCGACAAACUUAUCGCUCCUCUCCGCCGCCGGUUACGACCAACCAACUAUGUGUGAAAGCGAGCGAGGGAGAUUCUUUCAGCUCGAAAUUUUCAUCUCAAAGGUUCUCUAAUGAGAGCUGGGCGGUUAUUAGUGUCUAGUGGCAUACCAGCCGAUGGUAUUUGAAGUGGAACCAUUGAAUUAUUCAUAUUGGAGCAGUUAAUGAAAAGGGUUGGGUUUCCCGAGUAAAUACAUGGGAUCAUUAAAUAAUUCUAUGGAGAAGGGUUUGACGUUUGAUGAUCAUGAAAGUGAAUCCAAGUGCAAAAUCCAAGUACAUACAUGCCUUCCUGUUUCAAUUUUUGGUUCUCAAACUCGAGUGUCUUUUUUUUUCUUUUUAGGCAAAAAAGUCAUAACCAAAUUCAUGAUGCAUAUUUGAUGAUGUCGAUGAGUCGGGCCUUCUUCGCAGCCAAUAGAUUCAAUUGGGAUCCCAAUGUUCGGCGUGUCUUUUGUUGUUCACGUGAACAAUGGUCGAUAAUAACUGAAAGUUGGUUUCGACCAAAGUAUGCACCGCUUUCCCAUUCCCCAGCGCAUCUAACUCUAAUCCAUAGCCCGAGGGGGAAUGAACUGGUCAAUCAUGAAAUUCUGAGAAUACAUAGAUGGAAAUGUACACAAACAUUUAUUUGAUUGGGAGAGAGAUGAGAUUUUUUUCAGGAACUCUUCGACGAUUCGUACGACAAAAAUAAUCUGCCAAGUGCUAACUCGACCGAGGUCCGGAAAUCUUCGACUUCAAAACAACUAUUUCAAACUCUUGCAGGUCAUUGUGGAAUUGACAGUCCAAUCGAUAACCGAGAUCAGCGAAUUCUCGUCGAGUUUCAAAGCGGAUGUGUGGUUCUCUCAAAUCUGGCGUGAUCCACGUCUCGACUUCUCCGACCGUAACUAUUGUCUCAAAAAUAUUUCGCUGGCUUCUCACAAACUUCCGACCAUGUGGUCUCCGAACGUGUGUUUCGUGAAUAGCAAAAAAGUGAGUGCGGGGCUCGGCGGGUCCAAUUCUCUCUCUCCAAUUUUAUUAGGUUCCGUGGACUUUUUCGUCGGAAAAUUUUCACAAAUUGAACAUGCGACAGCAGUUGUAGAAAGUAUAAGGUUUUGGAGGCAAUGGGGGGACGUCUCAUUCACAAUUCGGGGUCAACUCUUCAUAAGAAAUCUCGAAUUUCAGGUGGAAAUCCAUGCUUCUCCGUCACAAAACAUUCUUCUCCUGAUCUUUCCAAAUGGUACCGUUUGGCUAAACUUCCGCGUCUCAUUAAUGGGGCCUUGCAAACUGGAUUUGACCUAUUUUCCAAUGGACAGACAAUCCUGCAAUCUCGUAUUUGAGGUGAGAAAUAAGGAGGAUGAGGAAGCUGUGGAAAUGACAGUUUUGUGAUGGAUAUGAAUCCACUUCGGGGCAAGUUGUGGACAAAACAUGAAAAGAAAGGGAGGGGGAGGGAGAAAUAAAACGAAGAUCUCAUCUCAUUCCCGCAUCCCACUUUACUUUUACAGAGUUAUUCGUAUAACACGGCCGAGGUGAGAAUUGUGUGGAGAGAUUGGGAUCCAGUCACAAUUCCGGACCCGGACUCGAAAAAUCUUCCGGAUUUUGAGUUGGUGGAUAUCAAGUUGGUCGCAAAAGCAAUACACUAGUAGCAAUAUUGGAGAUUUCAGACAUUUUAACGCUACUUUGGUUUAUACAGCAGGACUCUGGGAUCAGUUAGAAGUUCAGUUCACUUUCAGAAGACUGUAUGGCUAUUAUGUUCUUCAGGUACCGCUGAAAGUUACAAAAUUGACAAAUUUCUUUAUUUUCAGGCGUAUAUGCCAACAUAUCUUUCUGUUUUCAUAUCCUGGAUAGCUUUCUGGAUUGACACUAAGGUAAGCAGACUGUUGGCCCGAAAAAGUGCAAAUCCGUCAAUUGUAGGCUCUCCCAGCUCGAAUCACACUCGGAGUCUCAUCCCUUAUGGCGCUGACCUUCCAAUUUGGUAACAUUGUCAAGAAUCUGCCACGUGUCAGUUAUGUCAAAGCUCUUGACAUUUGGAUGUUCGGAUGUGUGGGAUUCAUUUUCUUGUCUCUGGUUGAGGUGAAUCUAAAUUAUACCCUUGAAACCUUUAAUUCGGCUCUUCCAGCUCGCUGUCGUUGGAUUCGCUGACAAAUUGGAGGCCAAACGGAGGAGACACAAUCGGUUCGUUUUCGUGGCCCGGGGGACGUUUUUUCUAGAACAGAGCACAUUUUCUUCAGGUGCAAGGAGCAAUUGAUGAUGAGAAGCGAUUCGGAGCAACAGUGGCUCUCCAGAUUGUCCGGACAACGACCACAGGUUGCCGAAACGAGUGCAGGUCUUGAAUCUUGGAGCAUCUGAAAAAAACAAUUGCAAAAGUUGACUUACAGAUUCCACCCAUACAGUUCAAAUAAACGAUGGGAACGGAAAUGUGCGGAGACGAAAAAGUGAGGAAAAGCGGCAAAAGCUACUGCUUCACAUGGAGAGCGCGAUGUAUGUCAAUGGAGAGAAAAUUGACGAGGUAUGUAUAACUUCAAAUCACAUAUUUUUUCAUGAAUAACUUUCAGAUUUCUGCUAAGCUCUUCCCACUUCUAUUCACCGCGUUCAACAUCUUCUAUUGGUUCUACUACAUUGGAAUGUCUGGGGGAUUCUUCUAG